CAGAUUUGGACCGAAGUAAUUAGCUUGUCGUCAUACCGCUGCUGUUUAAUUAGGAGAGGCACAGCUUUCUCCAGGGGAGUAGCUUCAAAGGGAGAUAUAAAGAGGACCGACCUCCAGAUUUUUCUUCCUUCAAGAAUCUCUCUCUCUCUCGGAGAAGCACCGCUCGACUCUUCGCAGCCUCUGACAAACGGCGCCGGCGACGGCGAGGAUCUCCGGGAGAAGGACGAUCCGCUGGGCCCCAUUCUGGGACCUGUGACUCUGUUCUUCAAGCAUUCUUUUUCCUGUGACCCUCCGAGCGGGCUGCGGAGCAUCCCUUGGCUUGGCUGUGAUCUCCAGUUGUCUAUUUGGUGGACAACAUCAUUUGCAGGUGGUGAAAGCAUGAGGUUGUGGUCUCUCCUUCUUCUUCUUGUUUGCUUGCCUACGCUGAUCCUGUCGGAAGAUUACUCCGACGUAACCGUCAUCGUACGGGGCUCCAAGACGAUCGCUGCGACCAGUGAUGAGUUUAUUUGCGCUACCCUUGAUUGGUGGCCUCCGGAGAAGUGCAACUAUGAUCAGUGCCCAUGGGGAAAGGCUUCUAUCUUGAAUAUGGACUUGACUAAUCCGUUGCUAGCUAAAGCUAUCCAGGCUUUUAGCCCACUACGCAUCAGAGUCGGAGGCUCCUUACAAGAUCAAGUGGUAUAUGAAACACCAAAUUUAGGAUCUCCAUGCAGACCAUUUACAAAGGCUUCAAGUGGCUUGUUUGGAUUUUCUAAAGGAUGCAUAACCAUGGAAAGAUGGGAUGCAAUGAAUGAUCUGUUCCUCAAUACAGGUGCAGUUAUUACUUUUGGUCUUAAUGCACUUCGAGGGCGAAAGCAGAUACGUAAAGGUGUUUGGGGAGGUGCUUGGAAUUCAAGCAAUGCCCAGGAGUUUAUGGAAUAUACUGUUUCAAUGAACUAUCCUAUUGAUUCAUGGGAAUUUGGUAAUGAACUGAGUGGAAGUGGAAUCGGUGCAAGCGUGGGAGCUGAACAAUACGGAAAAGACCUGGUUGCACUUCAAAAGAUCGUCAAUCAGUUAUAUGAAAACUCUAGCAAACCAUUGGUGCUAGCCCCAGGAGGAUUCUAUGACAAACAAUGGUUUGCUAUGCUCCUUGACGUCUCUGGGCCAAAUGUUGUCAGAGGAAUGACUCACCAUAUUUACAAUCUUGGUGCUGGUAAUGAUCCACAUGUGGCCAAUAGAAUCUUGGACCCGCAGCAUUUAAGCAGGGUUUCAGACACAUUCAGAGAUCUCCAGCUCACGAUACAACGACAUGGACCAUGGUCGGCUCCGUGGGUCGGGGAAGCUGGCGGAGCAUAUAACAGCGGCAGCCGUACCGUUUCCAAUACUUUCCUGGAUAGCUUCUGGUAUCUUGAUCAACUUGGUCAGUCAGCAAAGUAUGACACCAAGGUCUACUGCAGACAGACUUUAAUUGGAGGCAACUAUGGCCUCCUCGACACCGAUACUUACGUGCCGAACCCUGAUUACUACAGUGCCUUGUUGUGGCAUCGACUAAUGGGGAAUGGAGUUCUUUCCAUAGACUUCGGUGGUACUUCAUACUUGCGUGCCUAUGCGCAUUGCGGGAAGCAGAAGGGCGGUAUCGCUCUCCUCUUGAUCAACCUGAGCCAAAACAUGGGGUCCAUGGUCACCGUCAGGAAUGACCUCAAUGUCGGCCUAGCGCAAGGGCAGGGGAUAACAAGGGACAGCUCCUUUGUUCAUGGCCUGAAGAGGACGGUCUCCUGGGUCGGGAGCAAAGCCUCCGAUGGGCUGGAGAAGAGGGAAGAGUACCACCUGACAGCUGAAGACGGGAACCGUUUUGCGCGCACCAUGCUGCUGAAUGGAGUUCCUCUGGAGCUCACUGAAGAUGGUGACAUCCCUCCGAUGUACCCGGUGCAAGUUUCUGCCAGUUCACCUAUCUAUGUCGCGCCGCUGUCCAUCGCCUUCGUCGUCUUCCCAGAUUUUGAGGCUGAUGCUUGCUAGCGAUGAACUGUAGUUUUUAGAUAGGAUACCAUGCGAGUUUUUCAGCUACAACAAUAUAGCGCUUCUCAACUAUACAAAUACUGAAAAUGAUUUGUGUUGAUGUGUUCUGCCCCAAUUGGGCCACCUAUGUUCAACAAAUUCACAAUAAAGAAAAGCUCAAAAACUUUCUCCUGAUA